AAAUAAAACCGCUCCCGGAUCCCCGCACACACUCAUUUAUCUGCCCCAAAUUACUGCGCAACAGUGUUAAUCUGGAGAAAAUAUCCGCACAAGUGCUGGGAGAAACAUCUGGAGAAUCAUCAUCUGAUCCGUCACUGUUUCCAUCAUCAGCUGGACUGCAGCUUUCACUCCAACGCUGUCUCUGUGUCUCAGAUGUGGAGCGAGUGCUUCCCAUGAAACAAGGAGAAAAGUGGAGGAUGAAGUGAAAGGAACAUCACUUGUGGGUGGAUGCUGGUGGAUGAACAUGUCGUGCUACGCGGAUCGCCGAUAACAUCAGACUCCGCCCCUUUCCUGUCUUCUCUUUUCUCCUCUCGUCUGCUACUACCAGAGGAAAAGAUGUGACCCAAGGCCUCCCUCGUUCCUGCACACUCCUUUAGUCUCCUCCCUCGCUCAAACUCUGUCCUUUGGAGACAUUAUUGUCCAGACAGUGAUGGAUGUACAACCCGACAGCCCAAAGCAUGUUAAAAAGUCCACAAGUCAAAAGCUGGAGGAUCAAAAAAAGAUUUACACUGACUGGGCAAAUCACUAUCUGAGUAAAGCAGGUUGUCCUCGACUGAUAAAGGAUCUAACACAAGACAUUCCUGAUGGAGUUCUGCUAGCACACAUCAUACAGAUCAUCGCAAAUGAAAAGGUAGAGGACAUUACAGACUGCCCCCGGAGUCAUUCUCAAAUGAUUGAGAAUGUGGAGUCUUGUUUAACAUUUCUGGAAGCCAGAGGAGUUGGUGUACAGGGCCUGAGCGCUGAAGAUGUGUGUAAAGGGAAUCUGAAGGUGAUCCUGGGUCUGUUCUUUGUUUUGUCACGUUAUAAGCAGCAGCAGCAGCAACAGCAGCAGUACCUCCAGUCUCUAGUGGAGCUUCAGCAGCACGUCACACACACACACUCACCUAAAACACAGCAGCGAGCUCCAGACAUGCAGUCCAGUGUGACAGUGAGAUACGCCACUCCACCUGCUCAGAGUGGAGUAGGACCUGUGCAGAAGAAAAACACAAGGUUGCCAGGUCCAUCCCGAUCCCCGGUGGUGGGUAACAAUAAAGCUCCGCCUUCAGCCAGUUUGAAUCGCAGGAGUCAGAGCUUCAACAGCAUCGACCGCAACAAACCACUGCAGUAUGCUAGUGGGAAUGACCGAGAUUCUGUGAAGUCCAUCCCCCUGAUUGGGGGGGUAAAUGGCAGCGUUGGUGGUCAGCAAUUAGCAUCGGCCAUUCCCUCCCCGACGCCGGGCCAAUCAUGGCGCAGCAAGUCCAUGAACAUGAAGCACAGUGCGACAUCCUCCAUGUUAGCCAGUAGCCCCACCUCCUCCCCUCCCCCUCCCACUUCAGACAGGUCACGCCCAUCACUCGCGGAUGGUUCUAAGUCAGUACCAGGGAACCAGCGCUCGAUGCUGGAAAAGUUCCGACUGGUCAACACACGGAUGGCUCUUCAGGAGGAGGACGACCUGUCGGAGUAUGGGGACGAGGGCGGGACCUGCCCCAAACCACAGGGCAAGAUGCCUACACUGUCCCCUUCACCCUCAAACAAGAGCACAGCUAAUGCUAACACCACUACCACUAUUGCUGCUAACAACAGUAAGAACGCUAUCAAAUCCUUGCCUCAGCCCAAAGAUGACAAGAGUAAUAAGAAAAGCAAAGCUAGCACGCCCCCUAAAGAGGAAGUGACCUCAGAUCCGGGUAAGAAGGCCUCCAAAAUUGCUAGCCUCAUCCCUAAAGGAGGUAAAACAACUGCAGCGAAGAAAGAGAGUGCACUUCCUGCUUCCAGUGGCAUUCCAAAACCCGGAGUGAAGACUCAAGUGGCUUCAACCAAACCUGCACCCGAAAAGAUGAAAAGCUCCAAAGGGGGUCAAGGGUACUACGCAGGGCGCCCUCUAGGAGGAGUGGAGGGCAAGAAGGGUAGCAUGGUGUCCUCCACUAGCACCUCCGCUCUAGCCGGGUCCAUGGUUACUUACUCUGGAAGUACAGGGAGCGGAGUUGUAGUGAGCAACGGGGCAGUGCAGUUACCACAGCAACAGCAACACAACCACCCCAACACAGCGAUGGUCCCACCUUUCAUGUACAGGACGUGUUCGGAGAAUGACUGCACAUCGGUGGUUGUUCCUGAUUCUUCUCUUAGUCCUACUAAAGAGCUCGCCUACAACAAAACAGCUAAACAGUGCCUAGAGGAGAUCUCAGGUGAAGACCCCGAGGCGAGACGCAUGCGGACGGUGAAGAACAUCGCUGAUCUGAGACAGAACCUGGAAGAGACCAUGUCUAGUUUACGGGGGACGCAGAUCACACACAGCACUUUAGAGACAACCUUUGACACUACAGUAACAACAGAAGUCAGUGGGCGUGGCUUGUCCACUCUUUCCGCUCGGCCCGCUCCCAUGUCAUGGCGUCUUGGCCAAGCACAAUCACAGAGCCCUCGACUCCAGGCAGGUGAUGCUCCGUCCCAUCCUGGCAGUUAUACUCCUCCUAGGUCUGUCUCUUCAGCUACCGGUCGCUAUGGCGAUUCAUCGCGCCUGGUCUACACAGCACCACUGAGGAGGGCAGCGACUACAGUGAGCAAAAGUGUGGAGCUUGGAGAAAAGGAGGCGGGGCUUGAGGUGGAAGUGGGUGGAUAUAUGAGUGAUGGGGACAUACUUGCUAAAAAUGUUCGAGCUGAUGACAUGAGCAGUGGUUACGUAACAGAUGGAGGUGUGUAUUCUCGUAAUGUGGGUCGUGUUCCUGACCUUCCAUCUGCACGAGAGCUCGUACAACGGGUUAAAGAGGGAGAGGCUGACAGUUAUGAUGACAGUAGUUCGGUCAGCAGUGGUCUGAGUGACUCUCUUGAUGUUGGAGGUGAUGAUGUUCACACACUGAAUUCAUCGCACAAGAGCAAGUCCAAGCAGCAGUGUAAUCAAAAUAGCAGUAGCUGGUGUGGAGCUGAAGAUUUGAAGAAGGUUGAUGAACAAAUUGAGAACAUCUUAGAUUCCUCCUCCUAUCAGAUGGAAGAGGCGGGGCAGACAGGCUCAUGGAGGCGGGGCAUGAGCGCCCAAACGGGUAUCACCUCACCCCGGAAUAAAAACAGCAACACAAACAUCAAAACACCAGGUAAAACAGAUGAUGCUAAAGCCUCAGAAAAAGUCAAGACUCCUUGUAAAUCUCCCAGCAUGCAACGCUCUCCAUCAGAUGUGGGCAAAACCAGUGGCGAUGAGGGUAAAAAGUCUGGCAUCAACCGUCCCCCACCCACCACUGGCUCCUUUGGAUUUAAAAAGAUCCCAGGUGCGACAGAGCUAGCAGCACCCAAGACUUUAUCGGCCAAAUCAGCUGGUAAAGUGGGUGGGACCACAUGUGUGGUGGGAGGGGCCAGGAAAACAAGCCUGGAUGGGUACCGGCACCAUGACGAUGGGGUCCUUCUGGGCCUUGGUGGGUCAAAAAUGCCCCUUCAGUAUCGCUCACUUCCACGGCCAGCUAAAUCCUACCGAUCCAUGGACUCGUCCUCGGUGAAAGGGGGCGGGGUCGUUGCUGGGGUUGUGGCCGGGGUCGUGGCGGGUGGUGGGGCUGGACCUGGACCUGGACCCGGUGUGGGAGCUGGAACUGGAUCAGUAAGCAGUGUUUCUAAAAGGAAGGAUGGAGGGAAGACGGAAUCAGGGAGGUCAAGUCCAGUCAGCAUCAAUCAGACGGAUAAAGAGAAGGUUUCAGUGUCAGAGCAGGAUGGGGCGGGACUCAGCACAUCACCCAAAUCCAGCCCAACCUCCAGCCAAUCAGGGCUCAGACAGCCUGGAUCAAAAUACCCCGACAUUGCCUCGCCCACGUUCCGCAGGUUAUUUGGCAGUAAAUGUAGUAACAGUAAGCCCAGCUCUCCUGACUCCUCUAAGUCGGCACCUUUCGCCUCGCCCCUCGACUCCCCGGGCAGUGGAGGCAACAGGACCCCAGACUCGCUCUCUAACGCCCGUCCUUUCCUCAGCAGCUCAUCUGCGGGCAGCAAAGAGACGCUGAGCAGCAUCCAUACUAGCUCACACACCAGCUUACACACCAGUUCACACACCAGCUUACACACCAGCUCUGAAUCCAUCGAGCUUCCUGCACCACAUCAUCAGCAUGCACCCCGGCUCAAAUCCACACUCUCCCAGGGCAUGACUCUUGACAGAAACACUCUACCCAAAAAAGGAUUAAGACAUCCUCCUUCCUCCAGACAGAUGUCUCAUGAAGAAGGUAAAGAAUGGCUUCGUUCCCAUUCCACUGGGGGGCUGCAGGACACAGGGAGUCCCCUCUCCCCCCCGACCGGGAAAUACCACUACAACAACCUGCUGAGCCCCACCGGUGCUAUGACUCGGUCUAACAGUAUUCCGGAUCAGGAGGCGUUUGAUCUCUAUGGAGACGGGCGAGUGUUGUGUGGCAGUAACACGUCAUUGGAGGAACGACCUCGAGCUAUCAGCCGCUCUGGAUCGUUCAGAGAUAGCACCGAUGAAGUUCAUGGGUCGUCUCUGUCCCUGGUGUCCAGCACGUCGUCUCUUUACUCCGCCGUGUACGCCUACAUGGAAAAGACCGAGGAGAAAGCUCAUUCUGAGCAAAUCAGAAAGCUGCGACGGGAGCUGGACGCUUCUCAUGAAAAGGUUGCGACCUUGACGUCUCAGCUAUCGGCCAAUGCUCACCUGGUUGCAGCGUUUGAGAAGAGUUUGACAAACAUGACAGGUCGCUUACAGAGUCUCACCAUGACAGCGGAGCAGAAGGAAUCGGAGUUGGCAGAGUUGAGAGAGACGAUUGAAGCUUUAAAGGCUCAAAACACAGAUGCACAAACUGCCAUACAGGUGGCUCUGAAUGGUCCAGAGCAUUUACACAAAGUUCGGCGUCAGCACUCUUCUGAAAGUGUGCAGAGCAUUAACAGUGCAGUGAGUCACACCAGCUUAAACAACAAAGACUCAGAUGACAAGAAAAAGAAGAAGAAGAGCUGGGGGAGGGACAGAGGACACAAGUUGCGCAGCUCCUUUAAGCAGGCAUUUGGGAAAAAGAAAAGCUCGAAGCUGCAGACGUCUCAUGAUGAGCUGGACGAAAUGACGGAUUCGUCUGUUCCAGAAUCUCCUAAACUGCAACACACACAUAUAGACGGCAGCACACAGGGUUUACACAUGUCCUCGUCCACCACUGAGCUGUGUGAGUGUACUGAGGCCGAGGCAGAGAUCAUCCUGCAGCUGAAGAAUGAGCUGAGGGAGAAAGAGCUGAAACUCACCGACAUCCGACUGGAGGCUCUGAGUUCAGCACAUCACCUGGACCAGAUCAGAGAGGCCAUGAACCGCAUGCAGAACGAGAUUGAAUUGCUGAAGGCGGAGAAUGACAGAUUAAAGUCCAGUGGAAACUCCACCCCUUCUGCUGUGUCCAAAACGCCCCGCCCUCCAUCAGAGACCUCAAGUACCUCCUCUUCAUCCUCCCGCCAAUCACUGGGCCUCUCUCUCAACAACCUCAACCUCACUGAGACCAUCAUGUCAGAUCUGUUGCUGGAUGACGGCUACGAAGGAAACUUGCGUAAAGAAGGACGAAGCGUACGAAUCGUCAUCACCAUCACCUGGGGCUCCAACAGGACCAAGGGUUUACAGAGUCUGGAGUAUCUCAUCGGCUCAAUCGGCAUCAGCGGAAAGACCAAGUGGGACGUGUUGGAUGGGGUGAUACGGCGACUGUUCAAGGAGUACGUGUUCCGUGUGGAUCCUUUAACGAGUCUGGGCCUGAAUUCGGACAGUAUCCUGAGUUACAGGAUGGGGGAAGUGGAGCGCUCGCAUGUUUCUGAGCUUCCUGAACUUCUGCCCUGUGGAUACCUGGUGGGAGAAAACAACAUCAUCAACAUUACACUCAAAGGUGUGAGAGAGAACAGUAUUGACGACCUGGUGUUCGAUACGUUAAUCCCCAAACCCAUCAUCCAGCGUUACCUCAAUCUGCUGAUGGAGCAUCGCAGGAUCAUCCUGUCCGGUCCGAGUGGCACGGGGAAGUCCUACCUCGCCAACAAACUGGCGCAUUACAUCAUCACCAAGAGCGGCCGUGAGGUGAACGAGUGCAGCCUCGCCUGCUUCAAUGUGGACCAGAAAUCCAGCAAGGAUCUGUGUCAGUACCUCUCGGCUCUUGCUGAACGCUGUAACUGUGAUGAAGGUGAGAGAGAGCGUCAGCUCCCCCUGGUGGUUCUGAUCGAUAAUCUGCACCACAUCGGAAACCUGAGCGACAUCUUUAACGGGUUCCUCAACUGCAAAUACCACAAAUGCCCUUAUGUGAUUGGGACAAUGAACCAGGGUGUCUCCUGUUCCCCAAAUCUGGAACUGCACCAUAAUUUCAGGUGGGUUUUGUGUGCGAAUCACACGGAACCGGUUCGGGGUUUUCUGGGUCGGUUUCUGCGCAGGAAGCUGAUCGAGAUGGAGAUCGAUAAAAACACACGGAGUAACGAACUCAUCAAGAUCAUCGACUGGAUCCCCAAAACAUGGCAACACAUCAACAGCUUCCUGGAGGCUCACAGCUCGUCUGACGUCACCGUCGGUCCCCGGUUGUUCCUGUCAUGUCCGAUGGAAGUCGACGGAUCUCGUGUUUGGUUUACAGAUCUGUGGAAUUUCUCACUUGUGCCCUAUUUACUGGAGGCAGUGAGAGAGGGGCUACAGCUCUAUGGUAAGAGAGCUGUGUGGGAGGAUCCCUCCAAGUGGGUGAUUGACAGCUCCCCAUGGAGCUCCGCCCCCCUGCAGCGUGACAGCCAAUCGCUGCUGCCACUGCGGCCAGAGGACGUGGGAUACGAUGCGUUCACUUCGUUUAAAGACGGAGCUUCACCGAAACAGUCACACAAACACACAGCACAGAGCGACAGCGAUGGAGACCCUCUGAUGAAUAUGCUAAUGAGGCUACAGGAAGCUGCUAACUACUCCAGUGCCACUCAGAGCUGUGACAGUGACAGCGCCAGUCACCAUGACGACGUUCUAGACUCCUCCCUUGAGUCUGCCCUUUAAGCCCCACCCCCCUGUGAGGAACCAGGAAGAGCUAGCUUUCUUCUGAUUGGACAGAGAAGCGGAAUGAGCACCAGCGCCGGUGAAAUGUGCAAUUACAGUACAAACGAAUUCCACUUACAUUCUGAUCGUCAGUCACACGUACUGGGGUCUCAUUUUUUCCCCUCUGGAGUCUCUGUGGUGCUGCUGCGGUGCCAAAAUCCGUGAACGUUUGUACGCCAACAAGCACAAGCCUCGUCUCAUUUGCGCUAAUGCAGAAGCACUUCAUCAGCAUUAACGAGUCCAAUGAUGAUCAACUUUAAUGCCUGAACCGAAGCGAGUCACACGUUAAUUCACGCUAAUUCCACUGCCUGCAGUUCCCUUUCCUCCACCAGGAGUGCUGUAGUGCUAGGAUUAUCAUUCCCAGUGGAAGAGGGGACGAGGGGACGAGUCUGAUUACGGUGCUUCUUUGCUGCCUUAACUGUGCUGAGCUCUAAAGGUCUUCUGCAGAUUUUAACUAAACGAAAAAAGCGUCGUCUUUUUUCAGAGAAGACGGAAAUGUAAAUCGAUAAAUGCCACGUUUGCAUAUUUUAUUUUUGUUACCUCACGAGUGAGUGUUCGAUUUCGGACGCAGUGUCCUGGAAGCCGGUCGCGAGUAAAAUAAACCAGAUGUAAUAUGGAAUUUAUGGGAUCCCAGUUGAGCUGGGACGAGCCGAACUCUGAGGACGAGCACAAAUAAGACAAGUUGCUUAGCUAGCAUGCUGUUUUUACUUCUGUCGUUUGUGUGUGUGUGUGUGUGUGUGUGUGUGUGUGUGUGUGUGUGUGUGUGUGUGAGGUUCAGAAUUUGAAGUCUUGCACAUUUUUCAUUCUACAGAGAGAAAACUAAAUAUUGUGAAUUGUUCACUAGAAAAAAAAAACAAAAGAACAAUGUAAAGUUUACUAUUAAUGCUAAUGCUAAUAAUGCUAACGGCUAAUGUCGCUAUACACCCACAGCCAAUGGAGGAGUUAUGAUGAUAAUCAGCUGCUUCGAGAAGAGAACCAUAAAAAUUCACAUCUACUUUUCACAAGCACUUUUCCUUCCAAAUACACUGAACACAACACCUUCCUUUUCUUUCUUUCUUUUUUUUUUUUUUUUUUUUUUUUAUGAUGAUUUUUUUUCAUCGCUUCAUUUAUCAGGAAAAAUAAAUCUGGUAUAUAAAUUAAAUGUAAAGCCUAAAAAAUCUCAAUAGUUUAUGAAAAUAUUUCUAAAUAAAAUGAUUGUUCCAGUUUCAGGUGCAGAAAUGUGUAAAAUCGGUGCUUUAUUAUUGUGUAAAGUUUGACUUUUAUUUCUGCUGCAGUGAAAAGUUGUUUUUAAAAAGUGCUUUUUGUUAAAAACAAAAAAAAAACUUGUGUUAAAGAAAAGAUAAAAGUCUUUAAUCUAAUCUGAGAAUAACCAGAAACCUGAGAUUUACAUCAACAUACUUAUAAUUCAGUGCAUUAACAACAACAUGAUCACUACCUCAGAAUCAAGCCCACUUUAUUCAAGUACAAACUGUCCCCAGGUUUUACUGAGAUUAAUAAAUAUAAACUCAAAUAAAUGGAAAUAAAUAUUAAAGUGUAGAGAUGAUCUUAGUGAUGAUCGUUUCUACAUCUGCCCCUCACUACACCUGCCCCUCACUACACCUGCCCCUCAUUACACCUGCCCCUCACUGCACCUGCCCCUCACUACACCUGCCCCUCACUGCACCUGCCCCUUGCUACACCUGCCCCCUCACUACACCUGCCCCUCAUUACACCUGCCCCUCAUUGCACCUGCCCCUCACUGCACCUGCCCCUCCCUGCACCUGCCCCCUCACUACACCUGCCCCUCAUUACACCUGGCCCUCACUGCACCUGCCCCUCACUACACCUGCCCCGAAUGUGUGCUGCUUUCCUCUGCAGUCAUUAACUAAACAUAUUUACAUUUUAUUUAAAACAAUAAAAAAUAUUUUUCAUUUUCCCAAAAAAAUGUUACUAAAGAUUUAAAAUGUUUAAUUUGAGCAAUUUAACCUUCAGGUUGAUGCUUGAGACAAAAAGAGUAGAAAUAAAAACCUGAAUAAAUAUCAUUAAAUUCUAUAAAAAAUAAACUGAAUUCUUAUUUUAUUUUAUUUUUUAAUACAUUUCUUUUUGACGGAGAUUAAAACCAGACGCCGUCAGUUUAAUGUCUGUAAACAAAGACGAGCGUCGCGUCACGAAGAGUCGAGAAAAAACAGUGUAGAGUGUAAAGUUUGAUCUAAGGUGAAAAACUGCGACGUUUUACUGUGACGGAGCUUCAGAACAUCGAGCUCCUGAAGUGACCGCAAAAAAUGUACACAAGUAAAAAGGUGCUUUCAGUAAGCGGUGCUUUAUAAAUCUGAUCAAUAAAAUAUGUUCAUAUAAUAAUAAUAAUAAUAAUAAUAAUAAUAAUAAUAAUAAUAAUAAUAAUAAUAAUAAUAAUAAUACAGAAGCAGCUCAUGCUUUGUGUUGGAGUUUAAAAUAAAUCCCUGAAUAUAAAGUUCAUAAAUUUUCCCCCGAAAUGUUUACAAAAAAAAUCUGCCAAAAUCCUCCAGGUGCUAAUGACCUUUGACCUUUCCCACAGUGCCGUUGUUUCCGGAGCACAUCCUGCGAUACAUCCUGUGAUACAUCCUGCGAUAGCGCAACAUUUUGUGUUUUGUUUUUCUUUGUUUUUUUUUUUUACGAAAUUGUAAAAAAUUUCUGCACAUUUUUUUUAAAACGGUGAUUAAAACCUCGGUGUGACGUUUAAAGAAGAAAAAAAAAAGUUCUGUGUUGAAUUUAUUUAAAAAAAAAUAGCACAAAGGUGCGAAAUGACACGAAACAUUCCUGCGUUCAUUUAUUUUAAUAUUUACAUUUUUUUUCUUAAAUACAUUUUUUUAAUCUCCAGUUUCACACAGACAAAGCAACAACACAGAAAAUAAAACUUCACGACGUUUACAAUUUUGAAUUCAGAUUCGUUCCCAAAAAUAUAAAUCACUAAAAUUCGAGUGAAAAAAAAAUUGAGCUGGAUUGAAUUUUUUUACUCUUUUACUGGUCUGAUUUUUUUUUCUCUGUUUAACUUUCACUCCUUUCCUUUGUGGUGGUUUUGUGAGUGUUGUAAAGUUUGUAAAGUUGCAUUUCUACCCUGAAUUGUACUGCACGGUGAUUCAGUGAACAGAGUCGACUUCAUGCCACAGACUAAUGACUCUGAUCUUGUGAUUAAACAUAAGUUUGGACUUUAAUCUUCACUUCAGAAGUUUAAGGGAUUAAAUAAUUUACAGACAGAAACGUGACGUUUCUUCAGGAGCGAUUGUAGAUUUUAGACUUGGAAACUCGUCCAAGUAUUUUAACACUCCUUCGGUUACAGUGUAGGGAUUUCCCAUCAUGCACUGCAACCUCUCUCAUUUUAAUAAAGGAACCUGAGGUAAAAGUUCACCUGGAUUGGACUUUUGACCUUUAAUAACCUCUUCAGUCUCCACCACUUUAUUAUUUAUUUUAGAUUUAUAUCCAAAUAAAUUCUUUUUUUUUAAUUUUUUAAUCAGAAUAAUUUUGAAUGAUUAUUUUCUCUCCCAAAAAAUCCAGAUUUUAGAUUUAAUAAUAAUAAUAAUAAUAAUAAUAAUAAUAAUAAUGCUGAUGUAACAUGUCAGUGUUCUUGUCUUGUUUGUUUGUGUGUAGUCGCUUCUCUGUCUCUGUGCGAGAGUUACAUUAAUUCUGGUUUGAUUUUGGUGCGUAAAUGUUUUAUAUUUUGUACAUUUGUAAGUAACAUAUCAUGUAAAUAUUAAGAGACUGCGGUUUAAAAUCAUCUGGAGAAUUUUGUAGUCUUUGUAAAAUCUGAAUAAAUGGAGUUUGGUGUCACUGAAGGCUGCCGUUGUGUCUGUGGAUUAAAUAACGAGUCGGACAACAAACCUGUCAUCAUCAUCUGAUACACCACUGAACACGAGAUAAACAUCAUGUACAGGAAAAUAACAAUAAAACUAUUUUAGAUUUUUAUGAU